GAGCAACCUGUGAAUUCAGAGCAGAACUGACGGCGGAGAGUCACAUCAAAGAUGCAGAAGUGCCUUGGGUUUUUUUGCGUGUCGCUCAUCUUCUGUGCAACUCUCUCAGAGACCAUCGGGUUGGUCAUCGCGGCGAAGGAGAAGCGUGGCUGGACUCUGAACAGUGCUGGCUACUUGUUGGGUCCCCGUCGUAUUGAUCACCUAAUUCAGAUAAAGGAUUCUCCCAGUGCCAGAGGCAGAGACGAGCUGGUCACUCAAUAUGGAAUAGAUGGACACAGGACAUUAGGAGACAAGCCCGGUCUGGCUGGAAAGAGAGAUAUGGGCCAGGAGGAAGACUUCAGAACAGGUACCCUAAGAAUAGCAGAUGAAGACCUCAUCCACACCAUCAUUGACUUCCUGUCAUACCUCAAACUUAAAGAGAUGGGAGCUUUGGACACCCUGCCUUCCUCUGUGACUUCAGAUGAACUGGCCAAUCCCUAAUGGUUCUGCAUCCCUGCUGCUCAUCUCUCUACACUCCUGCUACCCAGAAGGUCUCCGUACUGUAGCUCCAUCAACAUUCUGACACUAGAUUUGUCCUUGUACCAAAGAUUUGAUUCCUUAACUCUUCUUUAACUCUAUUCCUCCUAAUACAAAUAUCAGAUCCCUCUGCUCCCAUGUAAAUAAAAGUUGAUCUCCACUUUAGAUCAGUGUGUGUUUGCUGACUGUAGGUGCAUCUAAGUAAUAGGGAACUCUCAUCAGAAAACAGCACUGUAUAAUUAUUUAAAUAUACUACCAUCUAUUUUAAGAGAAUGGAGUCAA